AUGCCUGCUGCCGUCUCCGGGCGCCUCCUGACGAGGAACAUCAACAUGGCGAGCAGCCACCAGCAUCAGCAGCCGCCGCGAGCGUCGUCGCGAGCAUUGCCCGUGAUCAACAUUGGCCGGCUCGGCGACAACGACCCUGCCGCACGGGCGCUCGUCGUCCAGGACAUCGCACGGGCCUGCCGGGAUCGCGGCUGCUUCCAGGUGAUAAACCACGGCGUCAGCAAGUCCGUCAUGAACGGCGCCCUGGAAGCCGCCUCCGAGUUCUUCGACAUGUCCACGGAGCACAAGGAGGCGUUCGCCUCCGACGAUAUCCGGGGACCUAUCCGGUACGACACCAGCGCGAGGGAUGGGAUCAGCAAGUGCAGGUCGUUUCUCAAGCACUACGCCAAUCCCCUCCAAGACUGGGUCAAGUUCUGGCCAAAGCAACCUGCAUCAUACAGGAAGAAAAUGGGGAUGUACGCCGUGGAAAUACAGAGACUGUCAGUGCAACUCACAGGAGCCAUUAUGCAAGGACUAGGAUUGGGGCCAAUGUACCUGCAGGAGAAGCUCGGAGCAGGGUUGCAGUUCAUGGCUCUAAACAACUACCCACAAGGGUCAUCGCAAGCGGGCGACACGGUCGGGCUGGCACCACAUUCUGACUACGGCUUCAUCACGAUCCUGAUGCAGAGCUCCCCAGGGCUCGAGGUGAUGCACCACGACGACGAUGCCUGGACGCCGGUCCCAGCCAUCCCGGGGGCCCUUCACGUCCAUCUCGGUGACCACAUGGAAGUGUUGAGCAAUGGCCGGCUCAGGUCACUUCUGCACCGGGCAAUCCUGAAUACCGAUGAAGCGAGAAUUUCUAUCGCCAGCCUUCAUGGGGUUGCAAUCGAUGAGAAGGUCAGCUGUGCUGAGGAGCUCGUCGAUGAACGCCACCCAAAGUUGUACAGGGAGAGCAGCUUCCAUGACUUCCUCGACUUCCUGCCGACAAAUGUCAAUACUUAUCGGAGGUUCGUUGAGACCCUCAAAUUCGACAGGGCUUAAAGAUGAACACAUCGGUUCUGCUCCAUUACGACAUAGCUGAAUGAGACCCUUCGGACUCCAAUUAGCUGUGCCUUGAUGCUAGAGAACUGAACUAUUUAGCUAUGCCUCAA